UUAAACGUAAGUGUUCAAUUCUCCUAAAGUAUCAUUAUGGAUGAAAGGGAGGAGCAUGCGGAAAAGAAGGUUGAAGCUGUAGGCAAAUACCACUUCCUUAGAAACACAUUGCAGAUUGUUGUAUGGGUUUCUUUUUUAUCGAUUUUCCUUUGCCAUUCUUCAGGCAUGGCCUACUCUUUGUUUCCUCAUUCCUUCAAUGUUUAUUUCUCCACUUUCCUUUUCUCCUUCUUCACCCACACAGUUGAGAGAAAGUACAUGUUCAUCAUUUGCAACGGAAUACUAGCAUUCGUCGCCAAAAGCUCCGUGUGUAGCCGCUCAGAGUCUGAUAAUAAUGGCUCCCUGGCCUUGCAGAUAUCCACCCCACCAACCCAAACGAAACCUUCAGUCACCGAUGAUGUGGGUGCUGCUGAAUAUGACCAACAUGUACCUCUGGACGUAGCUGAAGCAGAAGAAACAGAAGAUGCUUAUGAAAAUGAAGCUGAAGAGCAAGCAGAACAUGAAACCGAGUCUUUGGUUAAAGAAGAAGAAGAAAGUGAAGGUUCAGUGAUAGUGGAAGAUGCGGAUGGUGAGGGAUACAAAGAAAGAGAAAAAGGGUGGUGGGGGAAACAAGAAGAGCGAGUAGGAGGUGUAGGAGCAAAGGAAGAGUUGCCAAUAAGCAUGAGCACGGAGGAGUUGAACAGAAAAAUUGAAGAGUUCAUAAGGAAAAUGAAAGAAGAAAUCAGGAUUGAAGCCCAACAACAAAUGGUUGCAUCUAAUUAAAUAUUUAUAAAGCAAGUCAUAUAAUAAAAAUAUAUAUUGUAAAUCCUCUUAUUACGUUGCAUAUGUAGUUUCCCAGACUUUAUGGUGUCCUUCUCCAUGCAAAUUGAUGUUCUAUUUAGAGCUUGUUUCCAUUUC